AACUCGUUAUCAUUAAAAACCAGAAAUCUGGCGGAGAAAAGAAUUUUGGAAAAGUGUCAGCGGCUGCUGAGGAAUGUUCGGGUAGCCUGGAGAAGGACCAUUUUUUCCGGGAAGUUCAUUCUAUUACUGGCCAUGGGAAGCCUGACAGCCCCCUGAAAUGCAAGCGAAUCGCUCCAAGUGUGUCUCCGGUGACAAACAGCCAGACAGGGAGCUUGAAGAGAUUUACCUGUGAAAAUGCCUCUGGGGAAUCGCCAAGGGUGGCAGCAUUUCCGUAUGCCGUGUCUGCAAACAGGAUACAGCCAACCAACCAACGGAUGGACCUCACUGGGCAGAGCGCGCAGGGAUCCUGCACUGACAUUGGUCCGUCUGGCUGUCAGUCAUAUGGCGUUUUGAUUCAGGGUAGGUUGGUGCUGAGUCUGCAUCUGGAUCGCGCGGCCGCGGUUAAAGAGCCGCGGAAGGAAUCCGAGUCGGUCGCGCUGCACUGCCGCCUGUUCGCUUUGCUGCUCUGCAGGAUGAUGGCAUCCGCGCGUUCCUGUCGUGGGACUGUGGUACUUACGGCGCUGUGUUCGUAUUAAACAUGGCAUAGGUGGGCUUGGUGCCGCGCCAGCCGUAGCGAGUCGCGUACCCACCCCAGCCGGAGAGCCGGCGGUGCUUCGCCCGGCAGCGUAAGCAGCGGUACCCGGUUCGCUAGCGGACAUUCUGCGGUCGCCUUGAGGGUUAAGCAGUCAGCGGGGGGGCGGUGUUUCUUUUCUUCUCUCCUCCCGGUAGUUUGGAUACUGACCAGCUGGCUUGCGAGUAGCGGCUCCCCUGGACGAUUUGCUCACGCCCGGCGGCUGCUGCGGCUUUGGACCCGGCGCAGACAUGGGGCUGCCUGCCCUGGAGUUUAGCGACUGCUACCUGGACAGCCCCCAGUUCCGCGACAGGCUGAAGUCUCAUGAGCUGGAGCUGGACAGGACGAACAAGUUCAUCAAAGAGCUCAUCAAGGACGGCAAGGCGCUCAUUCAGGCGCUGAGAAAUCUGUCCACGGCCAACCGCAAGUUUGCAGAGUCACUCAACGACUUCAAGUUCCAGUGCAUUGGCGAUGCUGUCACAGAUGACGAGAUCUGCAUCGCAAGGUCCCUGCAGGAGUUUGCCGGGGUCCUGAAGAGCCUGGAGGAUGAGCGGGCGAGAAUGAUCGAAAAUGCCAGUGACGUGCUGAUUACGCCCCUGGAACGCUUCCGGAAGGAGCAGAUCAGCGCCGCCAAGGAGGCCAAAAAGAAGUAUGAGAAGGAGACUGAGAAGUACUGUGGCGUGAUGGAGAAACACCUGAACCUGUCGGCUCGGAAGAAAGAGGCCCAGCUGCUGGAGGCCGACAGUCAGGUGGACCACGUGAGGCAGCACUUCUACGAGGUCUCCCUGGAGUACGUCUUCAAGGUCCAGGAGGUGCAGGAGCGCAAGAUGUUUGAGUUUGUGGAGCCGCUGCUGGCUUUUUUGCAAGGUCUGUUCACCUAUUACCAUCACGGGUAUGAGCUGGCGAAGGACUUCAACGACUUCAAGACUGACCUCACCAUCAGUAUCCAAAAUACGAGGAACAGGUUUGAGGGCACGCGGUCCGAGGUGGAGGGCCUGAUGAGGAAGAUGAAGGAGAAUCCCCACGAGCACAAGAGCGUCAGUCCGCACACCAUGCAGGGCUACCUCUUCAUCCUGGAGAAACGUUCCUUCGUGUCCACGUGGGCCAAGUACUACUGUAGCUACCACCGCGAAUCCAAACGAUUCACCAUGGUGAUGUUCGACCAGAAGUCCGGCGGCAAAGUGGGCGAAGAAGAGUCCUUUACACUGAAGUCCUGCACUCGGAGGAAGACUGACUCCAUUGAGAAGAGGUUCUGUUUUGACGUGGAGGCAAUGGACCGGAGCGGCGUGGUGACGAUGCAGGCCCUGUCGGAGGAGGAUCGCCGUCUCUGGAUGGAGGCCAUGGACGGGAGGGAGCCGGUGUAUAACCUGAACAAGGACAGCCAGAGCGAAGGCGUUGCGCAGCUGGACAGUGUUGGCUUUAAUGUCAUCAGGAAGUUCAUCCACGCCGUGGAGACCAGAGGCAUUGAGGAACAAGGCCUCUACAGGAUCGUGGGAGUCAGCUCCAGAGUGCAGAAGCUGCUGAGUCUGUCCAUGGACCCCAAAACCAGUGCAGAUGUGGAACUGGGCAACUCAUCAGAGUGGGAGAUAAAGACCAUCACCAGUGCGCUGAAACACUAUCUGAGAAUGCUCCCUGCUCCCCUCAUGACAUACCAGUUCCAGAGGAUAUUCAUCAAGGCAGCCAAACUGGACAACCCAGAAACCCGGAUCUCCGAAAUCCACAGCCUCAUCCACCACCUUCCAGAGAAGAACAGGCAGAUGCUGGACCUGCUCAUGAUGCACUUGGCAAAUGUGGCCAGGCACCACCAGCAGAACCUCAUGACUGUGGCCAACUUGGGCGUGGUGUUUGGGCCGACCCUGUUACGCCCCCAGGAGGAGACCGUGGCAGCGAUCAUGGACAUCAAGUUCCAGAACAUUGUCGUGGAGAUCCUCAUUGAGAACUACGAGCGGAUUUUUAAAGGUCUUCCCCCGCUGGACGGUGGCCAGCCGGAUCCAGUGGGUAAGACCCAGAGGCCUCACGUAGACAGCAGAGCCCCAUCGUGCAGUGAGCGCCCCCUCACCUUCUUCCACACACCUCAACUUGCUGAGCCAGCCAACAGGAGGGAUAGCGAGGCCCUGAAUUCCAGUGCUGAGUCUGUCCAUGUGAACUCCAGCAGCGCGCCGGGCCGCUCCCAUGUGAACAGUGUUCACAGCAGCAACCCGGAGCUGGACAGUGGCCCCAAGGGCAGGCGAGAUAGGCCCAAGUCCCUGGUGAAUCCAAAGAGCCGCUCCAGUGUCUCCACAAGCCUGGCCUCCCCCAGCCCCUCCUCCCCGCGUUCCCCCUCCUGGCCCAUGUUCUCCGCUCCCUCCAGCCCCCAGCCGGGUUCCAGCGACUGCUCCCUGGUCAGCCCUGUGGCACGGAAGGCCAGGGCACUGUACGCAUGCAAGGCGGAGCACUUGUCUGAGCUCUCCUUCACCGCGGGCACCAUCUUUGAAAACGUUCACCCGUCGCGGGAGCCUGGAUGGCUGGAAGGAACCUUGGAGGGGAAGACGGGCCUGAUACCGGAGAAUUACGUGGAGUUUGUAUGAGCGGACUGUGUCGGGCUCUGUCCCUAGGGGGCACUGGCCUUCAGGAGGCCUCUCUGCACGUGUGUGUGUGUGUCUAAGCCAUCAUGCCUGUCCUCUUAUUUCCCCUCCCGGCCCUCACUGUCAUUCAGCACAGCUCCUCCCCCUUCGGUCACCUGAGCUUUGGCACUGUUUCUGGGCGUCUCCCAGACGCCUGGUGCAUCACUUGAUCUUUAUGGGAAAGAUGGUUGCCUGGCGACAAGGGAGCCUUGUCUCUGUGUCGCCACCCUGACGCCCAAUCUGAGGUGACAGUGGAGACAGGCAGGGGGCACCCUCAAGUCCCCGGGUGUCUGACAUGUGCAUCUCUUCAUUGUUUGUGCUCCUUUGUUUAGAACUACUACGAAUAAUCAAAUUGUUCAUCUUGAAGAAAAUCCUUAGAAAUAACGCACCGUUUCAAAUGUUCGGAAAUAUUUGUACAUUUCAUUUUGACAAAUUGUGUUUGGUUAUUUACAGUGAUGUAGCCUGGGAAUGGGGGGGGGUUCAAUGUGAAUAUAGACUCCUUGGGUCAUGCAUAAACCUCUUUCAACAUUAAAUUAAUGUUGUAGGAUGGCACAUGAAGUAGCAGAUACUUUGAUCAUAUUAACAUUGUAAAUACAUGAGGUAAAUUUUUUUAAGUAAAAGUUUAUAUUUUGUAUUUUAUAUUUUGCAUACUAACUUAAUUUUUUUAGCUUAAUUGUUCACCCUCUCCCCUGUCCAUUUUGACUGUUGGAUAUUGUUUUUGAUUAAAUCUUUAAUAUAAUUUUCUUUCUUUACACAAAGACAGCCAUAAAUGAACCCUGGAAGCCAUUUUACGAACAGGAGGGUUUUGCAGCUGAAUUUUGUUACCAUCUGUUAGCCGCUUUGUACAGCAAAUGCAGAGAGACGCCCAUGGCAGGGAGGCUCAUAUAAACAGGGGACUGGAGAGAGAGAAAACCCCAGCGACACCAUUGGUAGGGAGCAGCUGUUAAUCGCCACCUGUACUGGUUAAUCAGUGACUGGAGCUGGUUUGUGUCUCUUCCUGCAUAUUAAAAUGUUUUGGCUCAUAUGGCCAAAACCCCACCAUAACAUUUUAAAAGUUAAAACACAGUAUAAAAUGCCAUUAAAUAGACUUUGUUGCUACAGGGGGUAACGUUCAGCUUAAUAAUAGCUACGCCGUUUUGGACUGAAACAGCGUAGAGAUUUAGCUUUCUGCUGGGGUGCGCCAACGCGUUCAGUUUUUGCAAGUUUGUGGAGUAGAAAAUGGCUGUAAAGAAAAUGAAACCAAUAAAAGACGUUAAAACAAAA